CACAGAUCCGGCUGCUACGACGCUACUGGGAGCUUCAGUCGGCUGAGGGGCUGCUUCAUUCGAGCCUGUGUCUUUUCGCGAGAGAAUUCCUGCUUUCCGAAAACCAACGGCGAUGAUCUCGAGUGAAGGGAUGGGUUCUCUGUCCGGGCGGCGUGGAUGAAGAAGCGAGCGUUUACACAUCGAGUGUGGAGCCGACUGUGCUAACGGCGUUAGCUUAGCUCUCAAGGUAAAUAUUGCGACUGGCGUUCGGAAUUCUGGAAUUACAUUGGCCUCCACGUCGCCAGCUCAAGGCUUUAUUUCUUUGGAACGCAUUUGAACGCCUCGCACCGACGGCGUGGGCCAUGUGAGAUGGAGGGUUUGCUUCUCGCUUUCGUCCAUACGCUCGCAUGCUAUAGUUAGCUCGUCCGCCAGACUGCAAGUUGGGCUGCGGAGUUUCAGCGAGCGAACCUGGACUCUAAAGCCCCGGAUUCAGUCGCCGCCACCGCUCAGAGGGAAACGAUCGCAGUCAUGUUCGAGAUGGAGACGCACAUAUCAUGCCUUUUCCCGGAGAUCCUGGCGAUUAUUUUCAGCUAUCUGGACGUGAAAGACAAAGGGAGAGUAGCCCAAGUGUGCGCGGCCUGGAGGGACGCGUCCUACCACAAGUCGGUGUGGAGGGGGGUCGAAGCCAAGCUCCAUCUGCGCCGAGCCAACCCGUCGCUCUUCCCCAGCUUGCAAACCCGGGGGAUUAAAAAGGUCCAGAUCCUCAGCCUGAGGCGAAGUCUGAGCUACGUGAUCCAGGGGAUGCCGCACAUCGAAAGCCUUAACCUGUGUGGAUGUUUCAACCUCACAGACAACGGACUGGGACAUGCCUUUGUGCAGGACAUCCCGUCCUUGCGGGUUCUGAACCUCAGUCUGUGCAAGCAGAUCACCGACUCCAGUCUGGGCCGGAUCGCGCAGUACCUGAAGAACCUGGAGGUGCUGGAGCUGGGGGGCUGCAGCAACAUCACCAACACCGGCCUCCUGCUGAUCGCCUGGGGCUUGCACAGACUCAAGAGCCUGAACCUGCGCAGCUGCCGGCACGUGUCCGACGUGGGGAUCGGUCACCUCUCGGGGAUGACCCGCAGCGCCGCGGAGGGCUGCCUGUCUCUGGAGAAGCUGACCCUGCAGGACUGCCAGAAACUGACCGACCUGUCCCUCAAACACGUGGCCAAGGGCCUGAACAAGCUGAAAGUCCUCAACCUCAGCUUCUGCGGCGGGAUCUCCGACGCCGGCAUGAUCCACCUCUCGCACAUGACCCACCUGUGCAGCCUGAACCUGCGCUCCUGCGACAACAUCAGCGACACGGGCAUCAUGCACCUGGCCAUGGGCUCGCUGCGGCUCUCCGGCCUGGACGUCUCCUUCUGCGACAAGAUCGGGGACCAGAGCCUGGCCUACAUCGCCCAGGGCCUGUACCAACUCAAGUCCCUGUCACUGUGCUCCUGCCACAUCAGCGACGACGGCAUCAACCGCAUGGUGCGGCAGAUGCACGAACUGAAGACGCUCAACAUCGGACAGUGUGUGAGGAUCACCGACAAAGGCUUGGAGCUGAUCGCUGACCAUCUGAGCCAGCUGACGGGGAUUGACUUGUACGGUUGCACCAAGAUCACCAAACGGGGUCUGGAGAGGAUAACGCAGCUCCCGUGCCUUAAAGUGUUGAACCUGGGACUGUGGCAGAUGACUGAGAGCGAGCGGGUGAGAUGAAGGCCGGAGCAGGACUGUCUGCCUCCUCCUCCUCCCAGCUGCGGCGUCAACACGAAUAUGCAUCGCUCCCUCUGUACAGUUCCCACUCUCUAGCUACCUCACCCGUCCUACACAGGAGUGCCUAUCUCUCAGUACUAGAUCGCAUAUUUUUAUGAUUCGAUAGAGAUGCGUCAUUGCAGAGUUUUAGGCAUUUUAACUUCUUAACACAAACGCUGGAUUGACGUUUUGAUAGAAUGAAUUUGGCCGAUGUAUUUUUUUAAUUGCGUAACCGAUAUUUCCUUUUUUUUUGUAUUAAAUGACUGUUGUACUUCAAAUUGAAGUGGGUGGAUCACUCCUGUAUGUUUGUUUAUCCAUGUAUAGUUGUUUUAUAUUUGAGAAGAGAUGCGAUUGUGAUUCAGUUCUCGCUACGUUCACAUUACUAAUGAGUUAAAGUGAUAUAAUUAGGGACUUUGUAACAUGUAUAUCAUGGUGAAGUAUUUAAAAUGAACAUCAAAACUGUUAAAAAAUAGAGGCUUAUUAUGAUGUUGAAUUGUCUUAUCAAUUAUAACAUAUUUAGAUCCUCUUAUUUAAGUGACUGAAAGAUAUGUAUUUUGCUGUAUUUGUGUCCCAAACACACCACAUUACUAGUCUUAACAAGGUAAAGUGAACGUAGCCCAAGUUUCACCAACACAAAUGCAGUGAAGUCUCCAGUUCUCAGCUGCCAACAUUUUUUGUUUUAAUGCAACUUGUCUUAAACUGUUUAUUUCUCCGGACGAUCUUCCAGCUGGAAAGUCUGACGUUGUCUUUUGUUUUUUGUUUUUUUUUUUAGGCGGGAAAAAAGCAGUAAUUUAAGAUUGUUUUAUAUUCAUACAGUAGUGAUAUUUAUGAAUGAAGAUUGCAAAUAUGUUCAUUUUUGACUGUUUUAUUUGUAGUCUUUUACAAAAAAUAACAGCUGUGCAUUUUUUUUCCCUCAAAUUUAAUUCUAUGGCUUGUGCAGUUUUUGGGUGCCAUUUGAAAUGUCUUCCCUCUGUAAAAAAUGAGUCUUAAUAGUCACAUUUAUUUUGUGUAUAAUAUGCUGAAAAAAGACAAUAAAAAAGUUAAUUGGAA